GUGGGUGGGUGAGAGUGGGGGGUGUGUGUGUGCCGGCCGCCGCCAUGCGGGAGCGGAGGCCGGCACCGGCCGCUCCGGCCCGGUGCAAGCUGGUGCUGGUGGGUGACGUGCAGUGCGGCAAGACAGCCAUGCUGCAGGUGCUGGCCAAGGAUUGCUACCCCGAGACGUACGUGCCCACCGUGUUUGAGAACUACACGGCGUGUCUGGCCAGCGAGGAGCAGCGGGUGGAACUGAGCCUCUGGGACACCUCCGGCUCUCCCUACUAUGACAACGUGCGUCCCCUGUGCUACAGCGACUCGGAUGCUGUCCUGCUCUGCUUCGAUGUCAGCCGCCCCGAGACCCUCGACAGUGCAGCCAAGAAGUGGAAAGCAGAAAUCCUGGAUUAUUGCCCCAACACACGGGUGCUGCUCAUCGGGUGCAAGACAGACCUACGGACAGACCUGAGCACCCUCCUGGAGCUCUCGCACCAGAAACAGGCGCCCAUCUCCUACGAGCAGGGCUGUGCGGCCGCCAGGCAGUUGGGAGCCGAGGGAUACCUGGAAUGCUCGGCCUUCACCUCGGAGAAGAGCGUCCACAGCAUCUUCCGGACCGUGUCCGGCAUCUGUCUCAGCAAAGCCCCCCCGCAGCCCCCCCGCAGCCCCCCCCGCAGCCUCUCCAAGAGACUCCUGCACCUCCCCAGCCGCUCCGAGCUCAUCUCCUCCACCUUCAAGAAGGAAAAAGCAAAAAGCUGCUCCGUCAUGUGAAGGGGGGAAGGGAAUGACCCCACACACAAACCUUUGGACCCCCCCCCAAGCCCCUGGAAUGGGG